AUGUCGUCGGCGCGAAAUCCAGGAGCUGUGCCUGCGACACCAAGGGUUAUCUCUCCAUCGCCGACCCCAUCAGAAGACAGAGCCUCAUCAAGAUCGCGGAACGAUUAUUCGGCACCGACAACACGUUCGGCAGCCCGACGGCGGCAGCGCCUUGACGAGGUUACAGAAGAGAGUCAGGAUGUGACGACAGAUUCUUCACCAACGCGAUCACGUCGACGCAAAUCUAGAUCGAAGGCGUCUAAAUCUGAAGAAAUUGAGGCUUUAACAGCGCGAACGAACGGCCACACGCCGCAGACCAACGGCUACCUCUCUCCAUUGUCGAAAGCUGACGGCACCCGGCUCGUCGACAGUAUCUCGCGAUCACCUUCCCCACUCGGCCUAAUCCCUCUACACACGCGAUAUCGGAACUUUAUCCACCGCCAUGAGAUUCCGCGGAAACUCCUUCACGUCUCGAUCGGAUUCCUGACACUUCACCUGUACAGCCGUGGUAUCCAAACACACCAGAUCACCCCGUGGCUCUUUUCAACUCUCGUCCCGAUUGCCGCCACAGAUAUCCUGCGUCACCGGUCUGAGAGGAUCAACAAGAUCUAUAUCCGAUGCGUGGGUGCACUCAUGCGCGAAACCGAGGUCUCUGGCUACAACGGCGUGAUCUGGUACCUGGUUGGCGCAUAUACUGUCCUUCGCUUCUUCCCCAAGGACAUUGGGGUUAUGGGCGUCCUUCUCCUCUCCUGGUGCGACACUGCCGCCUCCACUUUUGGCCGAAUCUACGGCCGUUACACCUACAGCCUGCGUAAGGGAAAGAGUCUUGCGGGCACUCUAGCCGCCUGGGCUGUCGGCGUUGUCACCGCCGCCGCUUUCUGGGGCUGGUUCGUUCCAUACGUCGGAACCUUCCCCAGUGACCCGGAAGGCGCUUUUCUAUACACCGGCCGUAUCAACCUGAUACCGGACCCAGUGAAGCGUCUAAUCGGCUGGUCGGUAACAUCAUAUACCGAGAGCAGCACGGUUAUCACCGGCUCGCUAGCACUAGGCGUCAUGAGCGUUGUCUCCGGCGUCGUCGCUGCAGGCUCCGAAUUUAUUGAUCUUUUCGGUUGGGAUGACAAUUUCACCAUCCCCGUCUUGAGCGGUAUUGGGCUAUGGGGUUUCUUGAAGGUUUUUGGGUGA